AUGGACAGCCCCUUCCUUGCCCGCAAAAGCAGUGGAAACCUGGAUUCCGCCCUAGGAGGGGAUGGAGCAGGGGUGGACGACUUCCUGACCAAUGGGGAGGAGCUGACACUGGACCACAUACACAGCCUGUCAGUUCGUCGCAGCCCCUAUGCCAGCGAGGCCUCCCUGGGCAACCCAGCCAGGCUGCCCAGCAACCCCAGCAGCGUUGGGCCCAGCUCCGCCAUUUCCACAUCAUCCAGCACCAACUUCCCCGCCCUCAGCAGCACCGCCGACUCGUUCUCCAAGCCAGAGGAUGCCGAGUCCAUAAGCGGCUCCCCAUCCGUCCCGCGCCGUGUGGGCGGCUCCUCGGACCGCAGCGCCGCCCUGUCGGCCGGCGGCAGCCGCAUCGGGGUGGGACUGUCCGCGGCGGGGGGGGGGAGGGCGGGCGCAACGGCCGCCGCGCGGGGCCCCUCGCGCGUCGCGGCCGCCGCGGCCGCUGCAGCGGCGCUGGAGGAGCAGGCGCCGGAGACGCGGCGGAAGCUGGAGGACCUCAUGACCGAGCUGCAGGAGGUGAAGCGGGAGCUGGAGAUGAGCACCGCCGAACGGGAGGCGCUGGAGGCCGAGGAGGCGGGCCAGCGCGAGGCGGACGCUGCGGCGGCUGAGGCCAAGGCCAUGGCUGCAGAGGGGGCGGCGGCGGCUGCGGCGGCAGCAGAGGAAGCGGCGGCGGCGGAGGCCAAGGCCGUCGCCGAGCGGGCAGCGGCGGAGGAGGAGGAGAAGGCCGCCGCGGAGAAGGCAGCAGCCGAGGAGGCAGAACGAGCAAAGGCGGCCGAGGAGGAUCGGCUGGCAGCGGAGAAGAAGGCGGCCGAGGAGGCUGCAAAAACGGAGUCUCCCUCAGGCCCGCGCCCCGACAACAACCUGACCUGGCGCAGCAUGCACGACUACGACCCCACCAAGAACAUGCAGAAGCCGGAGCGUGUGGUGGAUGCCGUGCCGCCCAAGGGCUGCUGCACAUGCUCCAUCAUGUAG